GCUGCUAUCUCACAACAAUGGAUCCGCGGCAUGAUCUCUCUGAUCCGACGCUGGUUGAGCUUGAGAGGAAGUUGAAGAAAGAAGGAAAGGCUAGAGAGAAGGAGUUGAAGAAACUUAAAGCUGCUCAAAAAGCAGCUGCGGCGAAGCAUCAGAAACAACAACCUUCAAAAAAUGCAAAAAAAGAAGCACAGAAGGUAAAUCCCCUGGAAGUUGACCCAGAGACACCUCUGGGUGAAAAGAAAAAACUCUCUGACCAGAUGCCACAGAGUUAUAAUCCAAUGACCGUUGAAAAAUCGUGGUAUGAAUGGUGGGAGAAGUCAAAAUUCUUUCAGGCAGACUCCAAAAGCUCCAAACCACCUUUUGUCAUCAUGCUCCCACCUCCUAAUGUUACUGGGGCCCUUCACAUUGGCCACGCUCUUACUGCUGCUAUUGAGGACACCAUUAUUCGCUGGAAGCGGAUGGCUGGGUACAAUGCAUUGUGGGUGCCUGGUAUGGAUCAUGCUGGAAUAGCUACACAGGUUGUUGUGGAAAAGAAACUUAAGGCGGAACAGGAAUUGGAAAGGCAUGAUCUUGGUCGUGAAAGAUUUGUAGAUGCAGUCUGGAAAUGGAAGAACGAGUAUGGGGGCACAAUUUUAAAGCAACUCCACCGCUUGGGUGCAUCUCUUGAUUGGUCACGUGAGUGUUUUACCCUUGACGAGAAGAGAUCAAGGGCGGUCACGGAGUCUUUUAUAAGACUUCACAAGGAAGGUCUCAUAUAUAGGGAUAAACGUCUGGUGGCUUGGGACUGUCGUAUGCAAACAACAAUAUCCAAGACUGAGUUAAAAGACGAAUAUAUCAAAGAGAGAACACUGCGACCGGUUCAUGGGUAUGAAACUGAAGUCGAAUUUGGGGUUCUGACCUCAUUUGCUUAUCCUCUGGAAGGGGAUUUGGGUGAGAUUGUUGUGGCAACUACUCGAGUGGAAACAAUGCUUGGGGAUACGGCUGUGGCAAUACAUCCAGAGGAUCCAAAAUACAUGCAUCUUCAUGGGAAAUUCGCUGUUCAUCCUUUCAAUGGAAGGAAGCUAAAAAUAAUUUGUGAUAGUGUCCUUGUCGAUAUGAAAUUCGGGACUGGUGCGGUUAAGAUAACUCCAGCCCAUGAUCCUGAUGAUUAUGAAGUUGGCAAGCGCCACGAUCUCGACUGCAUCACUAUCUUCACUGAUGAUGGGAAAAUAAAUAGCAAUGGUGGUGAAGAAUUUGAAGGAAUGCCACGUUUUAAGGCACGUGUGGCUAUGAUCCAAGCUUUAAAAGAAAAGGGACUUCAUAGAGGUGAUAAAGAUAAUGAGAUGUGCCUUAAAAUUUGUUCAACAAGCAAUGAAGUAGUGGAAUACCUUGUAAAGCCCCAGUGGUUUUUGAGCUGCAAAGGCAUGGCAGAGGAUGGUCUGAAUGCUGUUUUUGGUUGUACAACUCCAAAGUUAGGGAUCUUACCGAAACAAUAUCUUGCUGAAUGGCAGAGAUGGCUUGAAAACAUGCGUGACUGGUGCAUUUCAAGGCAGAUUUGGUGGGGCCAUCGUAUCCCAGCGUGGUAUGUGGAGUUGGAAGAUGAUCAGCUCAAGGGGCUUGGUGCAUACGAUGAUCGGUGGGUUGUUUGCAGGACAGAGGAAGAAGCUCAGGAGGAGGCUAGCCGAUUGUUUGCUGGGAAGAAGUUCCAGCUUAUCCAAGAUCCAGACGUGUUAGAUACCUGGUUUUCUUCUGGUUUAUUUCCAUUAUCUGCAUUUGGUUGGCCAGACGAAACUGAAGAUCUCAAAGCUUUUUAUCCAACAAGCAUGCUUGAAACUGGUCAUGAUAUUCUCUUUUUCUGGGUGGCGCGUAUGGUGAUGAUGUGUAUGAAGCUAGGAGGUGAUCUACCAUUUACAAAGGUUUACUUGCACCCAAUGGUUCGUGACUCGCAUGGAUGCAAAAUGUCCAAAUCCUUAGGAAAUGGUAUCGAUCCACUCGACAUUAUUAAUGGUGCAACUCUCGAAGAACUCCAUGAAAAGCUGGAUAAAAGAUUUAAAGAAGGAAACUUGACAGAGGAUGAAGUCAAAACUGCAAAAGAGCAUCAAAAGAAAGAAUUCCCUGAUGGGAUUGUAGAAUGUGGCACUGAUGCUCUGCGCUUCGCUCUUGUUUCUUAUACAGCUCAGUCGGACAAAAUAAAUCUGGACAUUCAGAGGGUUGAGGGAUAUCGGGAGUGGUGCAAUAAGCUGUGGAAUGCAAUUAGGUUUGCUCUGACUAAACUUGGAGAUGACUAUACCCCUCCAAUAGAGAUUGAUCCAGCUUCCAUGCCUUUUAGCUGCAAGUGGAUACUGUCUGUGUUGAACAAAGCUAUAUCAAAAACAGUUGCGUCGCUGGAAUCAUAUGAGUUUUCUGAUGCUGCCACGGCUGUGUACUCGUGGUGGAAGUAUCAGUUGUGUGAUGUCUUCAUUGAAGUAAUCAAGCCGUAUUUUGGUGGCAGCGAUCCUGCAUUUGCAUCAGCGAGAAGAUCUGCACAGGAUACCUUAUGGCUGUGCCUAGAUUGUGGCUUACGGCUGCUCCAUCCGUUUAUGCCUUUUAUCACAGAAGACCUGUGGCAGCGUCUUCCCUCCAAGAUAGAUUCUGCCAGAAAAGAAUCCAUUGUGAUAUCGGAAUAUCCAUCCGUUGUUAAGAGCUGGACGAAUGAUGAGGUGGAGUCGCAGAUGGAUACGAUCAAUUCUGCGAUUAAAUCAGUAAGGUCUCUUAAAUCACUUUUGCCACCAAAAGUGAGGCCAGCAGCUAUUGUUCAUUGCCACACAAAUGAGGCACAUGGUAUCAUCAAGGGACAUGAAAUGGAGAUUGUUACUCUUGCCAAGCUAUCAUCUCUGACUGUGUUGAGUGAGGAUGAUGAGGUUCCAGUGGGUUACUUGGUGGAACUAGUCAAUGAAUCUGUCUCAGUCUUCCUCGAAAAAGGAAGCAUUAACAUCGAAGCUCUACUUGGAAAGCUGAAGAAGAUGACUUGUGCUGCUGGCUACUGAAAUUUCAUCUCUAGAUAUAAAUAUGUAAAAUGGAAAGACAAAACUAAUUAAUUAACACAUUCUCACAAACCCAAAUACUCCUACCUGAUCCGGAAGCAUAAUUUUGUUUAUACCAAUCAAUGCGUAAAAUAUUACAAGAAAUGUUAAUUUUAUUUAUGAGUCA